CAGGAAAGUGUUGCCCAGUCACAGUAUGACGAAGUGACAGGGAUGUAGUGCCCAGAGGCCCAAGGCCACACCCAAGCUUUGGCUCAAGGAAAGUUAUGUUAAACUUUGAGAACCAGGUCAUAUCUCUUUAUGAAACACACAUACCCACCCAUGUGUUGAAGAUUAAAUAACAAUAGCAAAAUUCCUGCCCCACAGUUGAGACUCGCUCUCCCUGGGUCCAUGGAAGGAAGAGCUUUGUCACUGCUAAGGCUCUGAGCCUUCCUGGGGAAAGAGAGCUGCCUCUACUUCCUGAAACAGAGGAACUGGGAGAAGUUUCCAGUUCUCCUCCUCCCUGUGAAAUGUCCCACAGCCCCAGGCUCGCUGCUCCCGGAAGGGCUGCUCCGAGGCCCUCAUCACGUCUCCCUUCCUUUACAGAGGACCCUGUUAUCCAGAGCUUCCUGGAAGCUGAUAUUUUCCUGAAAGUGUCCGACAAGGUACCCACAGCACUAAAAGUAUGAGGUACCAAGGGGUCUGCAGUGUCACCACCCCCUGGGGGUGGGGACGGAGGACAAGGUGUCUGCCUGAGCAGAGGCCCUGGAGAGACCCGCCCUUGGCGCCAGAAAGGAAGAAAGGACACACUGUCGGUGCCCCGGCCCUUGGGCAUCUCCUCCCUGGCCUCCCAUCAGCUCAUCUCCACAUGUCAAAGGGCCAUGAGUCCCUUAGCAAGGCCCACCCUGGGUGGUUUUCCCACCUGGCCUCUGGAUGGGGGUGGGGCGCAUGGCCCGCUCAGGACACUGGCCCUGCCAUCGACCCCUGGCCGCCCCUCCCCCGCCCUCUGUCUCCACGCAGUACCUACUCUCCAUGGUGGUGGAGUACUUCGGCCGUGUCGGGCUGCCUGGUCACCUCUACAACAGGAUCCACUUCUUCCUGGCCCUCUACAUCGCCUCCGACAUGGAGGAGGACAACCCCACAUCCAAGCGGAGCAUCUUCCAGUUCCUGCUGGGCAGGGAGCACUGGCCAGACCUCUACAAGGAGUUCCUCAAGCUGAAGGUGGAAUUCUUCCAUGCGAUGGAGCACCGAGCCUGGGUCACCCCGGAUUUGUGUGAGGAGGUCUGUCGGGGAUGAGG